UAAAAUAAAAAUUAAAUAAUGACAAUUAAUCUCGUACAAACAAAAUGAGAAAGGAAUUUUACUCUAGCUCUCCAAACAGAUCCAGACGCCACCGUUUCAAUAUGAGAGAACGAGACUUAACGCGAAAUUACAUCGCUUUCAAUCCUCGGAACGAAAGUACGCUGGCGAAUCGAUCCGCGACGCGCGGAAGACAAAGUCUCUUCUUUCUUCGUCCUACCCAGUCCUACCCGCUGGGAUAGUAGUAAUGUACCCGGUGCUGUACUUCGGCGAUGCAUACACGGUAUCGGUGAACGCGCGCGCGAGGUCGAUCACGAUACUCGAUCGGAUUGGUCGACGCAUUGGCUGUUCCCGUUCGUUCGAGGAGGUGGUCUAAAGCAGCGGUGUUUGAGAGAGAAACCCGCCCUCGACAUCCGCUCGAAUGGAUAGACGACGCCCUAUUCGCGUCGCGGAAACCUCCUUCGGGAAGGUGGGAGACCCACUGCGCCAUUGGGUAGAGGUGUUCGCACGAAGCGGGAGCGAGAACCGGCCGAGAACGCGAUCCGCGACUGCCUCCAAUCCGGGACACAGCGAUGCCGCGAGGUCGCGGGUAGGGGAAGCCCGUUGCGGGGGUGUGGGUAUAGAUCGGCCGCAGUAUCCGCGGAGACGCGAUCGCGGGUACUCGGCGUGCCUGAGCGUGCGCUCCCGGGGGGUCUCUUCCCCGAAUUACGGAAUAACGUAACGAGGAUUUAUCGGGAUCGGAACAGUGUUCAAAUCUAAAUCGUCGUCCGGAUUGUUGUGAUAUAUUGUGAUACGUGCGCGACAACAGCACGGGCUCGGGCCUCGGCCGACCGCGGGACCCCGUGGUUGGGUCCGAUGGAGAUCCUCGUCCUCGGAAAGCAGCUCCUAUUCCGGUGCUCCCGCCGCCGGUUCGCGAUCUGGAGGAUGCUGGCGCGCGAGUAUCGGCGAAUAUCUCGGAAAGUGUCGAGCAACGUGUAAGGGCGUCGUUGAUUCCAGACAGGCGGGUGACGUAGAGACACUAAUUUAACUCCUCGGUAUCGCGUCGAUCCCGGCGCACGUCGAUGAUGCCGCGACCCUCGCGCGAUACCUAUGGUGAUCAGAAACCGCCGUACUCCUACAUAUCGUUGACGGCGAUGGCGAUAUGGUCGUCGAGGGACAAGAUGCUGCCGCUUGCCGAGAUUUACAAGUUCAUCGCCGACCGCUUCCCGUACUACAGAAAGGACACGCGACGGUGGCAGAACUCUUUAAGGCACAAUUUGUCCUUCAACGAUUGCUUCAUCAAGGUGCCGCGCGGUCCGCAUCGGCCGGGAAAGGGGGCCUACUGGGCGCUGCAUCCCGCCGCAUUGUCCAUGUUCGAGAACGGUUCGCUCCUCCGCCGACGGAAACGGUUCAAGCUGCACAAGCCGGAUAAAGAGCUGCUCAAGUCCGAGUUGCAGGCCCUCGCCUCGGCGAUGCCGCCGCCGCAGCCGCAGCCGCAGCCCCACGCGGAACCGGUCGCGUCGACCGGCGGGAUCGUCGGGGACACCGGCGCGACUUGCCCCGGCAACGGUCUCAGCCUGGCGAAUCUCCAUCGUCUGCGGGACGAUCUCCUCCGUUGGGAGAUGCAGGAGAGGCGGAUGAUGGUCGCGAAUCACGGCGAUUUCGCCGGCGCGGCCAGCUUCGGCCGAUUCGACGGCACGUCCGGUCUGCCGGCCGGACCGGCAGCGCCGGAAGCCGUCACCGCCGGCUACUACUUGCUGUCACCCGAGAUCAGGCAGAGAUUGACGGGCGGCGCCGACGGCGGCAACGAGAUUCUCAGGACAUACGAGGCGGCCGCGUUGCUGCAUUCUGCCGCUUCCUGGAACUUUCCCGGCUUCCCGACGGUCUCGCCGUCGUACGCGGUGUCGCAGCUGCCGUACCUUCAGCAGACCACCGUCAGCAGGUCGCAGACCAUUCAUCCGGUGACGCGGGAGAUCCGGGACGAGCGUCGGGGCGACCGUGCGCUGGAGAACGGACCGGUGAUCGUCGCCGCGACCGGCAGGGACAACGAGACGGUCUUUGCGGCUGAGAAUACUUACGAGAUUACCGGCUACAAUCGCGACAAGCUCGCCGAGGAGGAGCCGCUUUCGUCGCCCUCGUCCUCGUCCUCGUCGUCCAGAAUGAAUCUCUAUCGGAGCGUCGCCGUGCCCACCGCCGCCUCGUCACCGCCGACGUCGCCGAUCUCGCCGAAUUCGCACGCGUCCAAGUCGUCCUAUCGUCACCUGUCGCCCAUAUCGAGCCUGGUGGUGGAGGUCGAACGUACCCAGUUGCCCUCCGCUCGCGAGGAUCCGGUCGCGACCACGGUCGUCCUGACUACGGCGAACACGGAAAAGAGGGUGAAGAAACCGUUCACCAUCGAGAACAUUAUCGCGCCCGACGACAACAAUGAGAGUAACGGCGACGUCGGUGGCGUGGGUGUUAAUACCAGUGUCGGUGACGAGGAAAUUACCUCGAGAUUGUCCGACGAGUCGAUCGGGAAAAAGUCCUCGCUUCUCGUGCCGAGACCGCUUUACGCCGGGUACACGAUGUCGAUCGCGACUACGGGAGUUCAGAGGCCUUCGUACGGCACCGCCACCUGAACACCGCCCGUCGUUUUGAUCGGUUCGUUACAUCGGAUGGAAUAACCGAACAAAGUUCACGAAACGUCUUACAAACGUCCGUUUCCAAGAUUCACGUCCCUUCGACGUGCCCGCCGCGCUCCACAGACACAUUUUACGCCUGUGUAUAUACAUUGCACCUUCACUUAUCUAAUAUCCUUCAGAAGAGAAAGAGAGAGAAACAAAAAACACUUUCGCUAUUCUAACGAGAAGAGAUAUAAUUCCUCGUUAUAGCUGUGACUGAAUCAGGUCCAAUUCGUGCAUAUAAAGUGGAAUAUUAUUUUUUUCUAUUAUAUCUUUAGAAAUAUGUGAAGCUCAUUUCGGUUCUGUUAGAUAAGCAAAGGCGUAAUGUAUUGUACUUACGAGAAUCUGUCAAAAAGAAUCCGCGAGAAUCUCUUCGAGUCUGAAAAAUUGCUCUUUACGAUUUCUCGAAAUCGACAUUGUCUUAUCCAACGAAACAAUGCGACUAGAUUAAAAAACGAGACAAUCGCGCGGAUACUUUUUGCCUGAAUCGCGACGCAAUCGAUCGGAUGUAAUCGCUGCGGAUCCUCUGUCCAAUUCGCCGCGAACGGUAGACGUGACGCAAAUAUAGGGAGACGUCGUAUAGACAACGCGUUAGAGUUCCUCAUUUCGUAAAUACCGUCUUCUUUUAUCGAGAGAUAAAAGCUUUGCUUGCUGAUAUUGGUUUUCGUCGCAGGAGUCGCUUGGUCUCGAGAAAUUUACGAGCUGUCCGGGCAGUUAACAGUUAUAGUUACUCGUAAUCUACGGCUAUUUUAUGACACGCGAAGGCGGUCAGUUGAUUAUUGUCAACCGCGAUACUCCGAAAAUAUGUAAUUAACUAAUUAGACGAUCUCUAAACGAUUAGGCGCGGGC